AUGGGUAGUGAUAACAACUUAGUAGAAAAACUCAUUCAUGAUUUAAGUUCUACAUUUUCUCUCAAAGAUCUUAGUACUGUUGACUACUUCUUGGGCAGUCAGGUCACUCACACUUCUGCUGGGAUUUUACUCACUCAAACAAAGUAUCUUCAAUAUCUUCUCACAGAGGAUAACAUGCAUAAUGUCAACACACAACAUACUCCUAUGAACAGUGGAUUUAAGCUCUCCAAUUAUGGGAGUGAACCUGUUAAAGAUACCACUUUAUACAUGUCCAUUGUUGUUGCAUUGCAGUAUGCUACAAUUACAAGACCAGAACUAGCUUUUUGUGUCAAUAAAGUGUGUCAAUACAUGCACAAUCCCUUGCAUACACACUAG